CAACAUGCGACGUGAUCACGCCACUGAGGGACGUCGUCGACCUCUAAUCAUUUGUUGGCUGUUUUUGUAACGUUUCUACGGUUAAUUUGAUAAGUUGUUUAGCUGUAAAGGUUUAAAGAAGAAGCUUUAAUAAAAAUGUUUCGGUUUUCCGUGUUAGUUUUGAACAGAGGAGCGGUUAAAAGGUUUGCCUCAUCAGUCUCCACAGAGGGGGUCCUUCCUCCAAACCUGCUCCUCCCCUCCAACCUGGUGGACCCUGCCAGACUCAAGCGUCCUCGCCCCCCUGCAGACUGCCCCCUGCCUGUGGUGAGACGGUGCGACGCUGUGGUCCCGUCCCACCUCAGCCCACUUCGGACCUGGGUAGAGACUCUGCAGCAGGACAGCGAGCCGCUGGGUCUGACUGAGCUGCACCCAGACGUGUUCGGUGUGCCGCCCAGGAUGGAUAUUCUGCACAGUGUUGAGCGUUGGCAGAGAACCUACGGUCGGAUUAGUUACGCCAAGACAAAGACAAGGGCAGAGGUCAGAGGUGGAGGCAGGAAACCAUGGCGACAGAAAGGAACUGGAAGAGCUCGCGCAGGAAGUAUCCGAUCACCGCUAUGGAGAGGAGGUGGAGUGUGUCAUGGACCCAGAGGACCGAAGGCUUACUACUACAUGUUACCCAUGAAGGUUCGAGUGCUGGGACUCAAAGUCGUUUUGACCUCCAAGCUGGCUCAGGACUGUCUGCACAUUGUGGACUCUGUGAACCUGCCCAGCCCGGACCCUCAGUACCUGCAGGACCUCAUCAAACAGAGACACUGGGGGGAGGCUGUGUUGAUAGUGGAUGCGUGUGAAAUGUUCCCUGAAAACAUCCUUCUGGCUACAGAAAACUUACAGAAGGUGAACAUCAUUCCUGCCAUCGGUCUGAAUGUCCACACCGUGCUGAAACACGAAGCCAUCAUCCUUACCCUGGAUGCUGUCAAGUUUUUGGAGGAGAGACUUCUUUGGCACGACCAGCGUUACACACAUCUGUAUCCAUUCAAAAUGCCCUAUUCUGACAUACCCUGGCGCAAAUGAUUGACAGUGUCCCAUCAUGUGUACAUCCAAAGUCCUUUAUUGUGUCACAAUAAAAAGGCAAAUGCUUAAAAAAGGUGUAAAAAAA